AUGAAAUUAACAAAACUAGAUAUGAUAGAAAUUUAUAAUAAAGUAAUUUAUAUUUUUUCUGAUAUUCGUACAAUGAAAGCUGAAAUUAUUCGUUGUAUAGCAACUAUAUUUCAUGAUGAUAUAGAUAUGACAUCUGGUGGUACUGAAUCGAUAUUAAUGGCUUGUAAAACUUAUCAUGAUUUAGCAAUAUCUAAAGGCAUUAUUAAACCUGAAAUGUAG